CCGGCCUGCUACCUCAGUCCAUCUGUCUUUAUGAGCAUGGCAUCAGGGAGUGAAGGGCCAACAUCCACACCUCACAGACACACAAACAGGUUAGCCAAGGAGAGGUCGCCCUACCUGCUACAACACGCACACAACCCUGUCGAUUGGUUUCCAUGGGGGCAAGAUGCUUUUAACAAAGCAAAGAACGAAGACAAACCCAUCUUUUUAUCGGUGGGCUAUUCCACAUGCCAUUGGUGCCACGUUAUGGAGCGCGAGUCCUUUGAGGAUGAGGAAAUUGGCAAAAUCCUCAGUGAAAACUUUGUCUGCAUCAAGCUAGACCGAGAAGAGAGGCCUGACGUGGACAAGGUCUACAUGACCUUUGUGCAGGCAACAAGUGGAGGUGGUGGUUGGCCUAUGAGUGUCUGGUUGACUCCUGACCUUCGACUCAUUGGAGGCACCUACUUCCCUCCAGACCAUGGAAGUAGACCUGGGUUCAAGACGGUUCUCACCAGAAUCAUAGAUCAGUGGCAGAAUAAUCGUCCUGCUCUGCAGUCCAGUGGGGAGAGGAUCCUUGAGGCCCUGAAGAAAGGCACAACCAUCACUGCAAACCCAGGAGAAAGUCCUCCACUGGCUCCAGAUGUGGCCAAUCGCUGCUUUCAGCAGCUGGCCCAUUCCUAUGAGGAGGAGUAUGGAGGCUUUAGAGAUGCUCCAAAGUUCCCAUCACCAGUGAAUCUGAUGUUCCUCAUGUCCUAUUGGUCUGUGAAUCGCUCCACAUCAGAAGGGGUCGAGGCUCUCCAGAUGGCCUUGCACACGCUCCGCAUGAUGGCGCUUGGAGGCAUCCAUGACCACAUUGCACAGGGUUUCCAUCGUUACUCUACCGACUCCUCCUGGCACGUUCCUCACUUUGAGAAGAUGCUGUACGAUCAGGCUCAGCUGUCUGUAGCCUACAUAACAGCUUCCCAGGUAUCAGGUGAGCAGUUCUUUGCUGAUGUGGCGAAGGACAUACUGCUCUACGUCUCCAGGGACCUGAGCGACAAGUCUGGGGGCUUCUACAGUGCAGAGGAUGCAGACUCUGUCUCGGCUUCGGGGGGACCAGAAAAGCGAGAGGGGGCCUUCUGUGUGUGGACGGCCUCUGAAGUUCGGGAGCUUUUACCAGGUGUGGAGGGCGCCAGUGGUGGCGCUACACAGGCUGACAUCUUUAUGCACCACUAUGGGGUCAAGGAUCAAGGCAAUGUUGCCCCAGAACAGGUACUUUGAAGACCCCACGGGGAGCUGCAGGGCCGGAAUGUGCUGAUCGUGCGUUAUUCAGUCGAGCUAACAGCUGCUCGCUUUGGCAUCGCUGUCGAGAAAGUCAAUGAGCUCCUGGCCUCUGCCAGAGCCAAAAUGGCCGAAGUGAGGAAGAGUCGGCCCCGCCCUCAUCUGGACACGAAGAUGUUGGCGUCCUGGAACGGCCUCAUGCUGUCGGCCUAUGCUCGCGUCGGAGCCGUGCUGGGGGACAAGGACUUGUUGGAGAGAGCAGUGAGGGCGGGGGGUUCUAAGGACCACCUGUGGGACACCGAGCGUCAGACCAUCCUUCGAUCUUGUUACCGUGGAGACCAGAUGGAGGUGCAGCAGAUAUCUCCGCCUAUCUCUGGCUUCCUGGAUGACUAUGCCUUCAUCAUUUGUGGCUUGUUGGACCUGUACGAGGCCACGCUCCAAACAGAGUGGCUGCAGUGGGCCGAGGAGCUGCAGCUCAGGCAGGACGUGUUGUUCUGGGAUGAUCAGGGUGGAGGCUACUUCUGCAGUGAUCCCAGUGACAGCACAGUACUGCUGCAGCUGAAAGAGGAUCAGGAUGGAGCUGAGCCCAGUGCUAACUCAGUCUCAGCAUCCAAUCUCCUGCGUUUGUCCCAGUAUACUGGAAGACAGGAGUGGCUCCAGAAGUCCCAGCAGCUACUGACGGCAUUCUCUGACCGAUUGAAUACUGUUCCUAUAGCCCUGCCUGAAAUGGUCCGAGCUCUUAUGGCCCACCACUACACACUUAAGCAGAUCGUGAUCUGUGGCCAAAGGGAUGCUCCAGAUACCACAAGUCUUCUGUCAGCCGUCAACUCCCUCUUCCUUCCGUAUAAGGUGUUGAUGCUCACUGAUGGAACUACAGAGAGCUUUCUGUGCCAGCGCCUGCCCGUCCUGUCCUCCAUGUCGCAGCUGGGCGGCGUCGCCACAGCCUACGUCUGUCAGGACUUCACAUGCUCUCUGCCCGUCACCGACCCCCACGAGCUACACCGGCUACUCCUGGACGGGACCACGGACAUGCAGGCAGAAUGACAGCUGGAAAACUGACUAAGGAUGUUCAAAAACUGCACUUCUCAGAUCUGCACCUUUAGCCUAGCUUCUUUUUUUUUUUUUCUUUUUUUUUGCUGGAUUUGGCUAGUGAGUCAGGCUUUGCCAGUGAUAUAAAAAGCUGAUGUCAGUAGGGGUAGGUACCCUGAUGGAGUCCUCCUGCUAGUCAUUUCCACCUCUGUUACUCCAGCCUGCUCUUUAUCAGCAAUACCAGGUAUUACCUCAAAUAUCAGCUCCAGGGUUUUAUUAAAAUUAAGGUGUAAAAAUCCUUUUAUGAGUAUAAAAUACAAAGCAGUGGCAGUUGACUGAAAAGAUGUAGCACUGAUGUAAAAACGUUAAAGCUUUACUGUUAGCCCAGAAGAUCCUUAAUAGGCCAUAAGCUGAGAUCCUUUGGAUGAACUGGGCCGAUAAUAUUUUGCAGAUGAACCCUGUGUUCACAACACACGGAUCUGACAGGGGAGUGUUUGUGUGUGUGUCUGACGGGAUAAACACAGGGCUGGUUUGUGUGUAACUGUGUGUGUACAUUUUAAAAACCUAUGCAUAUGAUUUUUAUCUGUAGUCGCCUGUGUCAUCCUUUCAUGAGUGUGUUGGAGUUGUUGCACAAAAGAUUCUUCUCCAGAUACGUUCUGUGAAUGUUGUUUUUAAUUUUAGACCUCAAGAAAACAGAGCAUGCAUAUGCAAAAUCCUGAAAAAUAAAUAUUUGUCCUGCAA